AUACAUAGGUAACCAUGAAAACAAUGGGGUUGCUCUGUUUUUUCGUAGCAUCUCUAACGAUAAUGCUGCCUGUUUCUCUGGGAAAUUCGCAGAAUCAAAGCCCAGAUAUCAAACAAUUCCUCUCUUGUCUCUCAGCUCAUUCAAGCAAUACAAUACUUCAAGCCAUAUACACCCCACAAAACGCCUCAUACACUUCUAUCUUGAACUUACACGUUCAAAACAAACGAUACAAGACAAAAAGCACUCCAAAACCUAUUGCCAUCAUAACUGCCAAAACUGAGAAUCAUGUCCAGGCAACAGUUACAUGCGCCAAAUCAAACCGAAUUCAGAUCAGAAUCCGAAGCGGUGGCCAUGACUAUGAGGCUGCUUCAUAUGUCUCAGACAUGCCGUUUGUGAUUCUCGACAUGUUUCCUCUUCAGUCUGUUGAUGUUGACGUAAAAAGUAGCACUGCCUGGGUUCAGGCUGGAGCCACGAUUGGUCAACUUUAUUAUGAAAUAGCAAAGAAAAGCAAUGUGCUUGCGUUCCCAGCAGGGGUGUGUCCCACUCUGGGUACUGGUGGCCACUUUUCUGGUGGUGGGUAUGGCAAUUUGAUGAGAAAAUAUGGUCUUUCUGUUGAUAACAUCAUUGAUGCCAGAGUGGUCGAUGCCAAUGGUGUUGUCCGAGAUAGGAAAUCAAUGGGGGAGGACCUGUUUUGGGCUAUAAGAGGAGGUGGUGGAGCCAGUUUUGCUGCUAUUCUUUCAUGGAGGAUCAAAUUGGUCCCUGUAACCCCACAAGUGACUGUGUUCAAUGUGAAAAAAUCUAUCAAAGAAGAUGGAACUGAUGUUGCUUACAAAUGGCAACUGGUUGCACCAAAACUAGACAGAGAUCUUUUCAUAAGAGUGGAACCUAAUGUGGUGAAUGGAACAGUGAUAAUCUCUUUCAUUGGCAUGUUUUUAGGCCCAAUUGAAAAGGUUGUUCCUUUGGUGAGUAAAUCCUUCCCUGAAUUGGGUUUGAAAAAGAGUGAUUGCAUAGCAAUGCCUUGGGUAAAUUCCACUCUUUUUUGGUAUGGUAGCCCAACUGGUACCCCUCUUGAAUCUUUGCUACCAACUUCUCAGGAGCCAUCUACACAAUACUUUAAGAGUAGAUCAGAUUAUGUGAAAACCCCAAUCCCAAAAACGGCCCUGAAAGGGUUUUGGGAUUUGAUGAUUAAAUGUAACAACGUUUGGACUUAUGGAGGGGUAAUGGAUGAGAUUUCAGCAUCAGCAACCCCUUUUCCUCACAGGAAAGGAAACUUGUUCUUGAUUCAGUACUUUGUGUUUUGGGAUGAAGAUGGUGCUGCGGCCUAUGAUCGUAACAUGAAAUUUUCGAAGUUGCUUUAUGAGUUUAUGACCCCUUUUGUUUCUAGGUAUCCAAGGGAAGCAUUUCUCAAUUACAGGGACAAUGAUGUUGGUGAAAAACAUCCAAGUUCUUCAACAAGCUUGAAAGAUGCUCAAAUAUAUGGAGCCAAGUUCUUCAAGGAAAACUUUGAUAGAUUAGUGACUGUGAAAACCAGUGUUGAUCCUUCCAAUUUCUUUACCUAUGAACAGAGUAUACCACCUAAAUCUGCCCAUUUGUAG